AUGAAUGCCACUUUAAAUUAUGAUAAUAAUUUAAAAAUAAAAUUUAAGAAUGUUAAUGUUAGUAAGUCGAUAAGUAUUUUACCUAAAAACAUUAAAAUCGUUGAUGAUAAUAUAACAGAUGAAAGUACUUUACACCUACAAAACAUUCUCCAUAAACUUUGUAAUUUCAUAAUAUCGAAUAAGACAAAUCUUAAUGAUGAAAUAUUAGAUAAAUUUACCUAUAAAAAUGUUUCAAUGGUAAAUGAAUUUAAAAAAUUAUGGAUGAAAUUGUUUGACAUAUCAAAUAAUAUAACAGAAAAUAGUAAUAUUUUUUUAAAAAAACUUAUUCAAUUUCAUUAUACUGUUCUUGAGUAUGUAGUUAAUGAAGACGGAACGACUAUAGACUACAAAAGAUUACGAGAAGAAGUAUACAAAAUAGCGCAAGCAUAUUUAAAAUUAACAGAUACUGAUAGAAAUUCUUUUUCUUCAUCCUUUCCUUCACUGUCAAAUUUUUUUAAUAACAAAAUACUUCUAGAUACUUUGAAAAAAAUCAAACCAGAUUCAUCAAUAAAAGAUUAUAUCGAUAUAAAGGAUUAUCUAAUAGAUGCAAUAAUAAAAAAAAAACUUUCAAAUUAA